AUGGUCACCGAAAAUAUUAUAUGCAACAAUACUAAAAAUAUAAUUCUUCCACGCAAUCUAAUCGCGUACUUAGCCACUAACAAGAAGACAACACCGUCGGAUCGGACGAGCGAAACCACGUGGAUUGCCAGCAAGUCAACACAAUCAACCGUGGAAUCUUUAGGCACGGAUCGCCAGCGUGGCACGACCGGAGCCGCGAGAUGUAUCCCUGGGUACAAACGCGAUCGGCAGCAUUUGUCGUUUACGCGCAGUAUUUAUUCGGCGUUCCCUCUCGUUUUGCUCAGUGCUUACAAUUCCAAAGAUUCGAAGAAAAGGAAAAAACGCUUCUUCAUCGGGUUCCCUCCAAACGAACCGUUCACUAUCAUCUCGGAUCACGCAUCAAUGGAGGCGACCCCCAAAGGUGCCGCUGGAAGAAGAGGCGACAGGAAGAAGUCCGUUUCCAAAUCUACCAAAGCCGGUCUCCAAUUCCCCGUCGGCCGCGUCGCCAGGUACUUGAAGAAAGGCCGUUACUCCCGCCGUUUAGGCACCGGCGCUCCAAUCUAUCUCGCCGCCGUACUCGAAUACCUCGCCGCCGAGGUGUUGGAGUUGGCUGGGAACGCCGCACGUGACAACAAGAAGAACAGGAUUAACCCUAGGCACGUACUUCUCGCUGUGAGGAAUGAUGAUGAAUUGGGUAAACUGCUUCAGGGUGUAACGAUUGCUAGCGGUGGAGUGUUGCCGAAUAUUAACCCGGUUUUGUUGCCUAAGAAAGCUACCAGUGCCGAUUCUGACAAACCAUCUACUCCUAACUCUCUUAUUUGGCUUUUGGGCUUUCGCAUUGAAGUCACUUUGCAAGAUGGAAGAACAUUUAAGGGGAAAGUGGUGAAUGCUAACCUAUAUUCAGAUAUUGCUGUUCUGAAGAUCAAUUCUGAAACUCCAUUGCUGGAAGCUAAACUUGGUUCGUCAAGUAGGCUACGUCCUGGAGUUUGGGUUAUAGCCUUUGGCUGUCAACUUUCUCCUAAGAAUACUGUCACUGCUGGAAUUCUAAGUGGACAGUCAAAGGCUAUAACCCAAUCUCCAGGACGUAGCCUACUUGACGAACCAAGUUUAGCUUCCGGCAGUGGAGUUUCAGAAUUGAUCUUCAGAACAACAAUAUCUGAAUGUAGGUUAGCAUUCACCACUUUCCCCUCAAAUGUUCUUCCAUCUUGCAAAAUGCUUGAUCUCCAUGAGAUGAUUAUUGCGCAACUUAAGAAGCAAGAUGCUUCAUUCCCUAAUGUCAUUAAGGGCAUUCUUGUAGCAAUGAUAUGGAACUUCAAUGUUUUUGUCGAGAUAACUCCUAGGUCCCCUGGAGAGCGUGCUGGAUUCUGUCAUGAUGAUCUUGUCAUAGAAUUUGAUGGGAAGCCUGUCGAAAGAUUAGAGGAGGUUAGUGAAAUGUUGGAAUACAAAGUUGGGGGUACCGAUAAACAUGAAUUGGUGACUUUAACUGUGAUCCCCGAGGACGCCAAUGUCGUUGUUUAG